AAAGUCCGAAGAAACUGGCGAGCUGUAAACAGUGCGACUGCGCUACUUGAGUGGGGGUGUGGUUACAUUUCAGAGCGCGAAACAUGGCGGAGAAGGGUGCAGCCGCUGGUGUCGGCGGCUCUGGUGACAGUUACAGCGAAGCUCUGGGUGAUGACCGCGUGGUCAAGACAGCUAUGGAGGUGUUCGAGAAGCUGAAGGGUGUAAACUGCCCCUUCCUGGACGGUCUGUAUAUCACAGAACCAAUGACAAUUCUGGAACUGCUGUGUAAGCCCUCAAAGUACAGGUUGGACAUACUGGAAUGGAUGUGUGUACGGGUCUGUCCCUCCUUGAAAGAGAAGUUCAGCUCUUUAAAAGGAACGGCAGUGGAUUUGAAGAUACUGGAGAUGGUGAAGCUAGGCCAUGAGCUGAUGUUGUGUGCACCCAAUGACCAGGAUCUUCUGAUGGGCCGUGAGUGUCCCCAGAAGCAGCUGCAGUUCCUGGACCAGUUCCUAGAUAUGAUGCAGAGCCUGGCCACUGGAUGUUCCAGUAGUUCUAGCCUGGAGAAAUACUUUGAAGACACCACAGAGAAGAAUAAGGCCUUGCUGGGGGAGCUCUUCUCCAGCCACAACCUGUGGGCAAUCGUGAAGCCUGAGAGUGACCCAUGGCUCUUGGACAUGCAAUCCUCUCUCAACAGGCAAUGUAAUGGCCGGCCAAAGGAUGGACGCUCUGCCCAGUCAGAGGGAGAGAAGGUGGCAGAUCUGGCCAGGCAGCUGCAAGAGAGUGCUACCAAGCUUCAGACACUCCAAGACCAGUACUUUGCACGGCAUCAUGCAGGGACUGAUACCAGUACCAUACACCAGAAGCUCCGUCUGGUCAUCUCUGACUUCUACCAGCUUGUUUUGGUCUUCCUGCAAGUCUAUGAUGAUGAGCUGGGCACUAUCCAGUGCCCACUACCCAGCCUGCACCCAAGUGGCACUAUCAUACAAGCUGUUUAUCAGAUUCUUGCUUCCUGUAGUCAGUUGUUGAGAGUAGCCAUGGAGAUUGAACGCGCCUCUGCUGAAGCUAUGGAAGUAGUGAGGAGGCAGCAAGAAGAGCCCAGCUGUUGCUCCAGCAACAACUCUGGGAUAAGCCUAGCUGCCAGGAUUGAUGAAGUAACACAGAAGUACAAGAGCGUCACUAACAGACUGCAUAGAGGCACAAGAUAAUGUGGGAGUAUGAAGCCCUCACUGGAGCUGUCAGGGGUGGCGGGGGCAGUUCCAGUCUUGUUCAUGGCCUGCAUGGUGCCUGCAGUUUGAAGGGGAGGAGGAAGAGGGAGGUAGAGAAAACAGGCAGAGAUGGAUAGAACAGAAGAGGUGGAAAUAAAAUAAGCCUGAUGCUCUGAGAA